CUACUGAAAAUUUUUUCCCUGUCGCUGCCACACGAAAAGAAAUAAAAAAGUGCAAAAAUAGUCAAAUUUAAUGCAUUAAAAGAGAUUUAAAGUGAAUAAUUUCACCAUCUUAGUGAUCUUUCCGCCAUCAAUGAAUGAUGUGAACGCAUCGUGUGCGUAUGCGAGUAGUUUGUAAGCCGGAAAAAGGUCACAUAAUAAUAACACACAUACAAAAUAUAUAUAUAUCUAUAUAUCUACAUCUAGUUCCCCUUGCUUAUAUUAUUCACAAUUAUAGAUAUCAAAUUUCUUUUAACUUUUGUGGAAUUUGACAAAUUUUAACAUUUUUUUGCUGUGUAAAGUGAAAAAAAAAAUUUUUGUUUUUUUUUCUUAUAAAAUUGCAAAAAAAUCGGAAAGAAAAAAAUUUUCUAUGUGGAUGGAAAAAAGUGCGAUCGAUAGUGAAGUUCAUUUGAGGAUUUUUUUGUGUGUGGACAGACCUUUGUGAAACAGGCUGAGAGGUUACUGCACCCUAGUGGGCUGAACAAAAUUGAGACCUCGUAAAAGUUGACAGGUUCUUUCACCCAAUCGGGCUGACAAUUUUUUAAAUAUCGAAUUUAUUUUUACAUAUUUAACUGUGCAACUCUGUUAUUUUGUUGAUAAAAGUGGCAAGACAGUGGAUUUUAAUCGUCUGAAAGAAUAAAAAAAAAACUUAAAGUGAAUUUUUUGUGUGCAAAUUUCAUUCAAAAUCAGCAACAACAGCUCUCCUGCCCCACCGACUCAUCUUGUUGGAUUAUCAAUCUACACCAAUCGAAUAAAAUUCAUCCAGAAUAUGAUUUUUAAUGAAGUUAAACAUUAAAUCGAGUCAUUCUAGAGCAAAUACUAGUAAAGAAAUAUCGAGGUUGAUUAUCAAAUAAGUCAAUAAAAAUAAUAUUAUCAAAUUUUUCAUCAAACAAAUUCAAAUCGAGUGUCACAAUAUUCAGUCAACAUUAAAGCGGCAUCGAGACUAAGCGAGAAGCUUCAAAAAAUUCUUCAAAAACGGAUAAGAAAGCAAAACGAGCAAAAAGGGAGGAGAUAAAGUUUAGAAGGCAGAGAAAGAAAUCAUGGAACUGCUAAAAGAAACUUGAUGUUUAUAGGAAUCUAUUUAAAAAAAUAAUAAUAAUAAUUAUUUAAUAUAUAGUAAAUAAUAACAAUAAUAAUUCAUCAUCAACAUCAAUAAAUUUUGUCAUCAAAAGGACAUCAGAAAAGUCGACGGAACCAGGAAGAAGUUCGUCGAUUUUUUCUAAUCAAGUUUUUAUUGAAGUGAAAGUGAAGUUUAAAAAAAAGCACCCAAAACCCUUAAAAAAAUAAAUAAAAGUGAAAAGCAAUAAAAGAACAAAAACAGUAGUCAGACCUUAAAACUGCAAGAAAAACAAAGUUUUAUAGUUUGUAAAUUUUUGAUAAGAAACAAAAAGUUAAAAAAUAUAUAAAAACACUGAAUGAAAGUUUUUAUUUUGUGAAGAAAAAAAUAAAUAAUUUUUUUAAAGGUCGUUAAACGGUUGUUCCUCCCGAACCCAACAGUUUUUAAUAAAUCCAAGUGGAAUUUUUCUACAACAAAUCUGUUAAAAAAUUGAAAUUUUUACACAAAUCCCACCAGAAGCACUUCAAAUCAGGUCAUCAAAAAAGACUCCAAGCAAAAAAUUGUCAAAUUUAAUUUUUGAUUAAAGUAACCUCAAAUUUUUUUCUGUCAACAAAACGUGAGAAAUUUUGUGAAAAAUUAAUUAAAUUGAAGAUUGGAGCAUCAAUUUUGAAGAUUCGAGCCUGGAUUUGUGGACAUAGAGUCAAGAAUCAUCAAAAUUUGAAGAUUUAAACCUCAAAAAGGAUCAAAUUGCUGAGGAAUUUAGGUAAACAAAUUGUGGAAAGUAAAUAAAUACGCAAAAUCCAAUCAUAAAUUAACCAUAUUUAAGGAACAGAACAAAAAAUAGUUAAAAUUAUUCAAAUUAAUAAUCCGACUGGAAUUCAAACGUUUGAGGACAAUUGAGAUCGAAUAUUCCAAACGAGAAGUUGAAUCUUUCAAGUAACAUAACCUCAAAUUUCGGAUAUUCAAGCCUCAAAUAAAAUUGGAAAAUUUGCCGUUAUAUUCCAAAAACCAACCUCAAAGAAAAACAUUUCUACACACAAGCAAAAAGCCCAUUAAGGAGUGGAGGUAAAAAAGAGGAUAUAAAAUAAUAUUCAUAAAAUAAUAAUAAUAAUAAUAAUUAAAAUAUUUAUAAUAAUAAUAUAUUAUUCGGCGGGUGCUCUCGUGAAGUAAAUUAUACAUAAAAUUAUUUAAAACAAAAUUACAAUUCUAGUAAAAAAAAAAGUCUAAACGCGGCGCACAUUUAGUACAUUAACAAAAUUACAUAAAACAAAAUAUUCAUUUUCGUAACUAAGAAGGAAGAACAAAAAAUCAAGCAAAGAUGGCAACGAUAAAUGGAAGACCUACGCAAUAUCGUAUCACGCUUAAAGAGCUGCGUGAGUUGAUGGAAAAUCGAGGACGAGAAGGAAUACAGCGAGUAGCAGAUUAUGGCGGUACGGCGGGUAUUAUGGAAAGGCUGUAUACAUCUGAAGACAAGGGUCUUAGUGGUAAUAAACUGGAUAUUGAGCAUCGUCGGGAGACAUUUGGAUCGAAUGUAAUUCCACCAAAACCACCAAAGACAUUUUUGCAGCUUGUAUGUGAAGCCGUGCAAGAUAUUACGCUCAUCAUCCUUAUUGUUUCCGCAUUAAUUUCACUUGGCCUGUCAUUCUAUAAACCUGAAGAUGAGGACGAUGGUGAGGAAGUCCUCGUGGAAGAAGACGAGCAUCAUGGCUGGAUAGAAGGUUUUGCAAUUUUAGUAUCAGUUAUCGUUGUUGUUAUUGUUACAGCAUUUAAUGACUACUCAAAGGAGCGUCAGUUUCGUGGUCUGCAAUCGCGAAUUGAAGGUGAACAUAAAUUUGCCGUCAUUCGAAAUGGCGAUGCUAUGCAGAUCCUGGUUGGUGAUAUUGUUGUUGGUGAUAUUUGUCAAAUCAAAUACGGCGAUCUGCUACCUGCGGAUGGUAUUUUAAUUCAAAGCAAUGACUUGAAGGUUGACGAGUCGUCACUUACGGGCGAGUCAGAUCAUGUAAAGAAAGGAGAAAAUAGCGAUCCGAUGGUAUUGUCGGGUACACAUGUGAUGGAAGGCAGUGGCAAGAUGAUUGUCACAGCUGUCGGUGUCAAUUCACAAGCUGGUAUCAUCUUUACACUACUUGGUGCUGCCGUCGAUGAGCAAGAACAAGCGAUUAAGAAAAUGAAAAAGGAAGCUAAAAAGCAGAAGAAGAAAAAGAGUUUAACAGAUCCAGCAGCAGUAACAUCAAACAGCCACAUUAGUCACGAUGGCAAUGGAACUGAAGCCUUUCAAUAUACACCAAAACCAUCAGAACCACAGCCAGAGCGUGCAGGAACACCACCAAGAGAAGAAGGAGGAGGUGGAGGUGGUGGAGGUGGACAUAAAAAGGAAAAGAGUGUUUUGCAAGCAAAGCUCACAAAACUCGCCAUUCAAAUUGGAUAUGCUGGCUCCACAAUUGCUGUGUUAACGGUUGCUAUUUUAGUUAUACAGUUUUGCGUUAAAACAUUCGUCAUAGAAGGACAUUCAUGGAAGAGUACUUACUUCAAUGAUUUAGUCAAACAUUUUAUUAUUGGUGUCACUGUACUUGUUGUCGCAGUGCCCGAAGGCUUACCAUUAGCUGUUACACUUUCUCUCGCUUAUUCAGUAAAGAAAAUGAUGAAGGACAACAAUUUAGUGCGUCAUUUAGACGCAUGUGAAACAAUGGGUAACGCCACUGCCAUUUGUAGCGAUAAGACUGGUACAUUAACUACAAACCGCAUGACGGUCGUACAAUCAUAUAUCUGCGAGAAAUUGAUGAAGGUCACACCGAGAUUUUCUGACAUCCCAAGUGAGGUUGGAACGAAAAUUAUCGAAGGCAUUAGUAUCAAUUCGGCCUAUACGUCACAGUUACUGCCUGGCCACAAUCCUGGUGAUCUUGCAAAUCAAGUCGGUAAUAAGACAGAAUGCUCCCUUCUCGGAUUUGUUGAGGGACUCGGCAAGAGCUAUCAAAAGGUUCGCGAUGAAAUUCCGGAAAGAGCAUUCGUUCGUGUUUAUACAUUCAAUUCUGAUCGUAAAUCGAUGAGUACAGUUAUCAAUCUACCCGAUCGUGGAUAUCGGUUAUACACCAAGGGUGCAUCAGAAAUCAUCUUGAAAAAAUGCGCAUUCAUCUACGGCCACGAGGGUCGUCUAGAGAAAUUCACACGUGACAUGCAAGAACGCUUAUUGCACCAAGUAAUUGAGCCAAUGGCAUGCGAUGGUCUCCGUACCAUCUCCAUCGCUUAUCGUGAUUUUGUUCGCGGUAAAGCAAACAUAAAUGAGGUUCAUCUCGGUCCCAAUGACGAGCCAAAUUGGGAAGAUGAGGCCAAUACUGUUAAUAAUUUAACAUGUUUAUGUGUGGUAGGCAUUGAAGAUCCAGUACGACCUGAAGUGCCUGACGCUAUUCGCAAAUGUCAGAAAGCCGGUAUUACUGUUCGUAUGGUUACUGGUGAUAAUAUCAAUACAGCACGUUCAAUUGCAACAAAAUGUGGCAUUCUUAGGCCACAAGAUGACUUUUUAAUUCUUGAAGGAAAGGAAUUUAAUCGUAGAAUUCGCGAUAGCAAUGGAGAUAUCCAGCAACACUUAUUGGAUAAAGUUUGGCCUAAAUUGCGUGUGUUGGCUCGUUCAUCGCCAACCGAUAAAUAUAAUUUAGUCAAAGGUAUAAUUGACAGUAAAGUAAAUGAAAGUCGUGAGGUAGUGGCGGUAACCGGUGACGGUACAAAUGAUGGUCCAGCAUUGAAAAAAGCCGACGUUGGUUUUGCGAUGGGUAUAGCCGGUACAGAUGUUGCCAAAGAGGCCUCCGAUAUCAUUCUCACCGAUGAUAAUUUCUCAUCAAUUGUAAAAGCCGUUAUGUGGGGUCGUAACGUAUACGAUUCCAUAGCCAAGUUCUUACAGUUCCAAUUGACUGUUAAUGUUGUCGCUGUCAUUGUUGCAUUCAUCGGUGCAUGUGCCGUACAGGAUUCACCACUUAAAGCCGUACAAAUGUUAUGGGUGAAUCUUAUUAUGGAUACGCUUGCGUCAUUAGCCUUAGCCACGGAAAUGCCAACACCAGAUUUACUUUUACGCAAACCAUAUGGACGUACAAAGCCACUUAUAUCAAGAACGAUGAUGAAGAACAUUUUGGGACAAGCAGUGUAUCAGCUUACAAUUAUAUUUGGCUUGCUGUUUGUUGGUGAUAGAAUACUCGACAUUGAACCCGGUCGGGGUGCAAAACUUGGCGAUGGACCAUCGCAACAUUUUACCAUUAUAUUCAAUACAUUUGUGUUAAUGACGUUAUUUAAUGAACUCAAUGCACGAAAAAUUCAUGGACAGAGAAAUAUUUUCCAAGGAAUUUUCACAAAUCCAAUUUUCUAUUCCAUUUGGGUCAUUACGUGGGUGUCGCAGGUUGUCAUCAUUCAAUAUGGCAAGAUGGCAUUCUCAACAAAAGCUUUAACUUUCGAACAAUGGCUCUGGUGCUUAUUCUUCGGUUGUGGCACACUAGUUUGGGGCCAACUUGUUACAACAGUUCCAACAAGAAAAUUACCGAAAAUCUUAUCGUGGGGACGAGGUCACCCAGAGGAAUACACGGAGGCAAUCAACAUUGGUGGGGACGAUUCCCGCUAUGAUCCAUUGGAUGACAAGAAACCACGUGCCGGUCAAAUUCUUUGGAUUCGCGGACUUACACGGCUCCAAACUCAGGUGAUAGGCGGUGAAUUGCAAGAGCGCUUGAUUCCAGUUCCGUACAGCAAGAGUUCCACAGACCAGGCUAUUCGUGUGGUGAAUGCCUUCCGUCAAGGACUCGACUCACGCUACGGUGAGCAUAGUACGACAACAUUAGCUGAAGUAUUACGAAAGCAGACAUCACUUAGCAAGCGCCUAUCGCAGGCAUCAUCAAUUGAGUAUGCAGACAACAUACAAGAUGAGCUAACAAUACCUGAAGUCGAUAUCGAACGCUUAUCAUCGCAUAGUCACACAGAAACUGCUGUUUAAUAUUUAUUACCGAAUCAUUAUAAUAAGUGAUGGCAUGCUGCUAAUACUGCUGCUGCUGCUGACUAGCCGGAGUUACUAUUAAAAUUUAAUAAGAUGAUGACAUUAUAAAUAUUUAAUAUUGAAAAUAAUUAAAUAAUGAAUAAUAAAUUAGCUUCCAAAUUUGCGCCAUAAGCGCGUGGAAGUUUAAAGUCUCACAACACACAAGAACAACAACACACACUUAUACAGUUAGAUUUUUAAAAAAAUGAUGAUGAAAAUAAGGAAAAUUUAUUGAUAGAAACAAAAAAAAAAUUAAAUAAAUUAAGUGAAAUUUAAAUAAAUAAAGAUAAUUCCAUGCUUCUUCCGCGUGGAAGUUCAAAAACAUAAGUUGAACAGAUGAGAUUAAAAAUAAAUUAAAGAUUUAAAAAUUGUGAAAAACGCGUUAAAAAUGAAGAAAAUAAAUGAGAUGACAAACAGCUGUAAUUGAACAUUUUAAAAGUGGAAACUUCCGCGCUGAUGCGAGGUUUAUUUAAAAUAGCUGGGAAACACUGGUGAAAGUGAAAAGUUAAAAAUUUAACUGAAAUUCUGUUGUUUUUGCAUCAUUUUUAAAAGUUUAAGUUUGUGUUCAUUAAUUUAUUAACGUAUUUUAAAUUUUCGAAUAAUGAAAAAUGAGAAAUUUACAUCGCAGGAGUGGAAGUUUGAGGUUACUUGGGUUUGGUGUUGUUAAUUUAAGAAUUUGGACAGGAAAUAAUUGGCAUUUAAAAGAAACUAUAAGAACUGAAGCCGUUUAGAUACUGAAGAGAUAGCAUGAUUGAAAGUUAAAAGAUGGAACUUAAGGAGAAGCUAUCUGGAUCAAAUUCAAGAUACCGAACUUAAAAAGGAGCUCCCAAAACCAAAUAAGCUCAAACAUGCUCGCCAAUUUUCCCAAAAUUCAUUAUUUUUACAAACGUAAUAUUGAAGAAUCUAGAAGAGAUUCAAGUCAUCAACAUUAAACAUUAAAUGUCUGUAAAGUACUUCAAACCAAAACAAAAAAUCGUUAUAAAAAAAGAAUUCGUUAAACUUUUUUUCAUAUUAAAAAGCUUUCUAAAACUUAAGAGUCCUUAAAACAACAAACAUUUUUCUAGCAAUUUACAUUUAAGUUAAGUUAGUUAUUAAAAAAUUCAUUUCGUUUUCCCCAAAAAACCAAAAAAAUAAAAAUAAAGAAUACAUCAACACCCAUAUUUGCGCGUGGAAGUUAGCAAAAAAAAUUAAAGAAUGAGAAAAAAAGAUGAAAAAAAAUUGUUGUCUAUCCCACCUUUUACUAGAUUUAUGAAAACCAAACCAAAAAAAAAAACAUAAACAGAUAAUAAAAAAAAACUUAAUAAUAUUAACUUAAAUGAUAAAUAAGAAUAAAAAUGGAAAAUUUUGUUUAUUUUUCAUUUAAAUGUUGGUAUUAUUUGAUUUGGAUUGAGGGAUUUUGAGAUUAGGUUUGGCUGGUUUUGAGGUUAUAAUAGGGAAUUCAAAGGUUAUGAACUUCAAGUUAACCGAAGAACAUCUGUGACUGACACAAGCGACUGUUUAGAGACAAAUCGACUAAGUUUUAUAAGUUAUAAGUAUAAUAACUUUAUACAUAUAAGAUUCAAAUUUAACUAGUCAACCCCUUUAUAACCUCAAAAUGUCGAUGGCUUAAAAACUAGCCAGAAAUACCAAAAAUAAAAUCAAACCUAACCUCAAAAUUCAAAAAAGUUCAACAAUUUUUGUGUAUUAAACUAUAAAUUUUUCUAAAAUCUAUAAACUCAACGCAGAAUCAAAAAUAAACCUAAAUUAAUUUCCAUUUAAAUAAUUAAACGUUCACCCUUACAUCCACUUCCACAUCCUAUUUCCACUUUCUAUGAUGAGAACACACAAAAAAGUAAGAAAACUCAUUAAUGACAUGUGUAUUCACAUCCUAAUAGGUAGAAAAUUAUAUAAAAUAUAUGAAAAGUGAAAAAAUUGAGAAAUUUAAAUAAAAAAUUUAUUAUAAGAGGAUAAAAAAUCAAGUAGGAAAGUCACCUUAGGUGGAUGAUUAAAGCGCAUUUUCUUGGAAAUUUUCUUGCUAAGAAGAUUUGUGUUCAAAAUCAAUAAAAUGCGAUGUUUUAUGUUGAAAAUUCAUUUUAUAGGAAUAAUAUAGAAAAAAAUACGCUUAAAAUUCAAAUUUUCAUAGAUUCAAAUGUCAUGGGUCACUCCGUUAUCUUAAAAUGUCAAAUUUUACUCGAAAAUUUCCAAAAACUUACGCAUCAAAUCAUCUGAAAAUCGAGACAUCAAAAACCGCCAUUUUCAACUGCUAUAAUGAUAAAGAAAAAAACAUUAAAUACUGUUAAAAAAUUAUAAGAAAAAAAAAGUUUGAAUAGAGGAAAAAAAAUUCAUUUAUUUCGCCUCGACUUAGAUUUCAAUGAACAUAAAAAAAUAAGAGUAAUUAUAAUGAAAUAAUAAACAACUCGAUAACAUUUCUGUGCUUCGUUUUGCGAUUUUAUUAAGGAACAAAAAACAAAAAAAAAGAUGAAAAUUUUUAUAAAAAUAAAUGAAAUUAAACAAAAAAAAAUUAUUAUGAAAAAGUUUCUUCUCUGUGUAAAGUUAUGAUUAGGUUCAUUUAUGGUGGGGUUUUAGGGUCAAUUUAGAGUUUUUUUGAGGUUAUGAUAUUGUUUUUGUGGUUAGGUUAGAGUUUAAUGUUAAAAAAUUUCGAACCUAAUCUUCAAUUUCAAUGUUAAGUUCAAAAUUGAACCUAAACAUCAAAAACUGAACUCCACGUUCAAUAAUUGAACCGCAAGAUCAAAUUUUGAAUUUUCCCUCAAAAAAUUACAGAAAAUAUCUUAAAAUCCCACAAAAUAUACUAAAAUAAUUUUUUUACCAAAAGUGGAAAAUUAUAAAUUAUAACUAACCUUAAAAGUGUCGAAAAAAAUCCAAAAUUCACAAAAUUUAAAAACAGAGAAUAAUUAAAGUUCAUUUUGUUGCGUUUAAAAAAUUUAAGACUAUUUAUGCGAGAUUAAUAAGGGAGUGAAUCUUGUUUCUGUUAAACAAAAAAGAAGUAAAAAGUUAUUAUGUAUAAAAAGAGAGAAAAUAAAUUUUUAAUAAAAAUGGAAGCUUCUCUGUGUUGCCUUAUCGAUUCCCCUGCUUAUUACACAAAAAAUGAACAAAAAACCGAUAAAAAUUAAAUUUUUGACAAAAUGGACAAAAUUUUAGACGUGUUUUUGGUUCUCAAAAUUUUUCUUGUUUUCCUUUUUUUUUUAAAAAAAAAGCUCCCAAUUUAAAUUGAGAAAAGGUUGAUGAUAAAGUUCAAAAAUUGAACUUUGGAUUCAUAAAAUUAAAAUAAAAAUUAUGUAAAAAAAUUAUAAAACGAUAUAUUUACCUCGUUGUUUGGAGAGUUUUGUAUUGAAAUUAAAAAAUCUAUUUAAAAAAAUUUCACAAUUAUUUCUAAAAAUCGAUCGAAAAAAAAAUCCUCUUAAAAUUAAUUUUUCAAAAUUUUAAUGAAAAAAAAAUCUUUUUGGCAAUCUAUCCCAUGCAUAUACUUAAACAAAUUAACUUAGUUAAGGAACAAAAAUAAAGCAAAAAUGAGAAUGAAACGUGUUAAGUUAAAAAAAUAAAAAAAAAAUCUCUUCUAAAAAUAUUUAAAAAAUAAGAAACAAAAAUAUCUAAAAAAAAUUCUACUUUUUCUAUCGUAUGGUUUAAUUUAUUAUAGCUUUUUUGAAUUGAAACUAUUGAGAAUGAAGAAAAGAACACAAAACAUUAAAGGUAAAAAUUUUCAUGAACAUAAUGUGAAUGAACAAAAUAUGAAAUUAUUUAUAGGGAUGAUUUUUGGUGGUUUGAAUUUUUUUGUUUGAAAUAUUUAACAUAUUUUUGAAAUUUGAAAUCCUGAAAAAUUAAUUUUGUAUAUUGAGGUUCAGAUUUUGAACCUCACCUAAUUUUAAAAUUUUAAUUUUUGUCCCAAAACUUGCCAUUAAACGUGUUCAACUUUUUGAAAUUCCCGUUAAAGAUUUCAAAUUAGAAAAGUUAACAAAUCUGAAAAUAUUUAUCAGAAUUUAAGAGAAUAUUCGAUAGUUUUUCAUGGCACGUUUCAAACGUUACCCAAUUCCAAAAUGUCUUAUUUGCCCAUUCUUGUACUUAAUUUUGAGAAAAAAAUUUAUUUUUAACUUCAAAAAUCUGUUGAAAAUUUCAAAUAAAAAAUUCAAAUCAAAAAAUCAAUAAAAUUUAAACAAAACCAAAAGAAACAUUUCACAAUUUGUAAAGAGAAAGUAAAAAUAAAUUAAAAUUAAAUAAAACCAAAAAGAACAUGAAAUUUAAAACAUGAAAAAAUAAAAUAAUAAUAAAAAAUUAACAAAAAAAUCUCAUCUUAAUUUAAUAAAAAAAACAUAAAAACAUGAAAAAAUUCUCUAUUAAGGAAAAUGAAACAAAAACAUAGAUUUUACCAAAAAAAAAGAAACUAAAAUAAUGAUAUAAAAGAGGAGAAGAUGAAAAAUUAAAAACAUAGCGAAAAUUGAUAAAAUCGUUAAUAAAAUUUAAAAUGAGAAAAAAUGU